UUUGGUGUCUCAUCGACGGGACUUCUGGCCAAGUCAAUUAAGUUUAUAACAGACUAAUUAGUGUAAAAAGGGAUGCUUAGCUCAACGGAAGACGUACCAAAAAAUGUCUCAUCAUUCAUGUUUCCAUUCAUCCUAAUGUAGUUAAUUAAUUCGUAUGUACCGUUUGUAUGGAAAGGGCUUGACGAACAUAGAGACAAAGAGCGGCAUCCAGCAGACGCUUUACACUUGGAGUUUGACUGCUGUUAUAUUUUUUUGAUUGACCGCGCUGUCACCUUCUGCCGCAAAUAUUUCUGUUGCAUUCAUCUCGACACAUGUCAGUCGCAGUACACCACGGAGAUAACCUUCGCAAAACAGAAGUCAAGAAAAAGACUGUAUACAAGGCAGUUCUAGAUACCCCUUUCAUAUUGAAAUGGCCUUUCACGCCAGCAGAUCGACAUUUGGAGAUCUUUAAAGCACUUUGUGAGCUUUUAAAACCAAUAGGAGAGGCCCGAUUGGAACGACGAAAACAGCGCAAACAAAAGAUCAAAGCAACCGAGCAGCUUCCCAGUUCUCCAACCGUGAUCACUGGCUUCAAUGAAAUCACCCGCAGCCUUGAACGCAAGGACCCAGACGACUCAGAUGCCAUUGUGUUUGUGUGUCGUUCUGACACGGAACUACCUCAAUUGUGCUCCUACUACCCGCAACUAUGCGCUCUUGCCGGACGAAAACUUGUCCCGCUGCAAAAAGGCUCGGAAACAGCAUUAGCAGGCGUCUUAGGGUUGAAGCGAGUGAUGGGUGUACAGGUGAAGGGCUCUGGCGAUGUAUGGGACCGUCUAACAAAACUGACCAGUGGGAUCCCAACACCUAGCGCACCAUGGCUCGAACAUAGAUACAUGCCUACUGAGAUCAAAACGCUUGAAACCACCGCACCAGUGAUCAAUCGGACGCAACCGAAGAACCAGCAGCAAAUGAAGCGCCCGUCGGCUGGCACAGAAAGUAGUAACAAAAAACAGAAAUCAUAACCACACUUUGUGCUAUAUAAGGCAAAAUUUGGUACUAUCUUUAUCAUACAGCCGUAAUUUAACACAAUACAAAUCUCGCCCGGGUUUGGCGGAUAA